AUGCAUAAAUUACUUGAAAAACUGAAUAUAUGUGGCUCCUGGUGCAACGUGUCUUACACCUUGGAAGGAAAGUCGCCGCUUGCACGUGUUGGUCAUUCAACUCAUGCUGUACGCAUGAAAUGUGGGAACACGGGCAACCGACCAUUGGUUAUAAUGAUCGGGGGUGCAGAUGCUUCUGGAGUAUUUAAUGAAGCUUACAUUCUGGAUAUAAUAUCAUUUAUGUGGUACACUGUUGAUUUGGAACAGACAAUUGAUUUCCCAGGUUUGGGAAGGUAUGAACAUAGCAGUGCAAUUUUAAACAACCAGGAAUUAUUAAUAUUUGGUGGUGCAACGAAAACAGAAAAUCCAUCAAUUUAUGAAAAGGACAGAAUCACUGCAAGCUUAACUCAAGAUCGCAUUCAUACUGAUAUUCAACAAUUCAUCUAUCAUCCUCGCACACAACACUCUUCUGUUUCACUAACUGAAUAUAAUCAACUCAUAGUAUUCUCUGGUGGGAAUGUUGGUAGUCAGCCAGUGUCAGAUGAUAAAGUUUAUAUGUAUGAUAGUGAAAUAAAUUCAUGGAACAUUAUACCAGUGGAAGGUUUACCACCUUGUUCACGAUUAGGUCAUUUAUUACUAUAUGAAUUUCCUUACGAAUUAGCAAAUUCAAAUUAUGAACGUAUCCCAAAAGGUAAAAUGUAUAUACACGGUGGAAUGGUCAAUGAAAAACUACUUGAUGAUAUUUAUGUAUUAAAUUUUACUAAUCAAUCUGAUAAUAAUUUACACUUCAAAGGUAUAUGGAACAAACUAUAUCCGACUGAUAAAUCAUCACCACUCACUAUUAGUCAUGAUAAUGCGGAAAGUGAGUGUGAAUAUUUGGACCCAAAAUGUAUUGAACUUACACAGAUUCCAUCUCCAAGUCCACGUGCUGCUCAUGGCGGAACAAUUUUAACAAAUAAAAUUUAUGAACAGGAUACCAGUAAAAUAUUAAUAUUUGGUGGAUUGUCAUUAAAUGGAGCGUUGAAUGAUAUGUUCUGUUUGAUACAAGUACUAGACAAUGGACUGAAAUUAAAUAUGAGACUUCUGUAUUACCGAAAGGAUACAAAAGAAAAUUCACCGAUGAAAAUUAUAUUUAAAGCACCAAAAGAUAAUCAAUAUCACGAUGAUAUCGUCAAUACUGGUGAGCAUGAAGAUAACAAUGAUAAAGAUCAAUACUGUCAAGAGUAUUUAUUUAUUCACGGCGGUAUGGAUACUCAUGGUUCUGUGUUUGAUGAUUCUUAUCUUAUUCUACUAAGUGAAUAUCAACUUUCUAAUCCUUUAAAUGCUCAAACAAUUAUCCACCGAAGUUCUUCACAUGGAAAAUGUUAA